AUUUUGUCUAACGUCAUAAUCGAGAAGUGCAAACAGCGAGCAAUGUGAGAGUGUGGAGAGGCACAGCUAGCAGCCGAGCUGUGUAAACGCUCUUGGACAAUAUUAAGAGUGGACCAUUUUGUGUAUGUGUGUGUGUGUGUGUGUGUGUGUGUGUGUGUGUGUGUUCCUGGGUAUAUAAAGCGCAUCAGUCUUAUCUGUGCACGCACUUCUGACUUUGCAUUUGGAGAUACUUCAUUAAACCAACGACAUCUGAGCUUACAAAACAAAAAAACUACAUCACUAACUGCUCUGCACCUACUGCCAGGUUCACGUUCGUUGACCAACCUUAUAGGACUUGAGCAGAAUUCACCAUGCCUCAUUCCUUCCACAUCACAGUGUGCGCCGUGCCAGGGAUUUGAACCGGGAGAGAAAGCUUUGAUCGUUUUCUUUUGCUGGACUUUUUGUGUGUGUGUGUGUUAUUUUUACAGAAUGGUGCUGUUCGGUGAGGGCGGACAGACGGAGAUCGCACGCUAACUGGUUUGAACUAAAUGGUACAAUUCAACAAGAACUUGAGACCCGGCCAGCAUUUCACCGAUCCCGCCUUGCCCGCAGCUUUGUGUGUGUGCGUGCGUGCUUGAGUGCGUCUCUCGUUGCAACUUUGCCUGCAUAAAUUCGGCCAGAAUAUGUCGCUGACCAACACAAAGACUGGCUUUUCCGUCCGGGACAUUCUGGACUUACCUGACACCAACGAUGAAGAUGGAUCGGCGGCCGAAACGGCCGAGGAGGAGAGGGAAGAGACGGGGACGGCCAAAACUUCGGGUUUCGCUCGCCAAGGUCCCCUGGAGACCGUGCAGAGGCUUCCACUGAAGAACCCGUUUUAUGACAGCACCGAUAACCCGUAUACCCGGUGGCUGGCCACAACUGAAAGUAUACAGUACUCACUGCAUGGGAUUUCCACCGCCGCUUCGCAGCAACAGAACUCCUCCAGUAAGUGUUCGGAGCCCUCGGCGGACGAGUCGCCAGACAAUGCGACCGAGACGUCCAGCAAUGGCAGCGAGUCGGGGAAGAAGCGUAAACGCCGUGUGCUUUUCUCCAAAGCUCAGACUUACGAACUGGAGAGACGCUUCAGGCAGCAGCGGUACCUGUCCGCCCCAGAGAGGGAACACCUCGCUAGCCUCAUCCGCCUGACUCCCACCCAGGUGAAGAUCUGGUUCCAGAACCACAGAUACAAAAUGAAGAGGGCCCGGGCCGAGAAAGGUAUGGAUGUCAACCCCUUGCCCUCGCCGAGGAGGGUGGCGGUCCCUGUCCUGGUCAGAGACGGUAAACCCUGUCACACCAGCAUGGUGACCAGUGCUCUCAAAACACAGGACUUGACGGCAGCCACUUUUCAGACCAGCAUCGCCUUCCCAGCCUACACCACACAGUCACUCCAACACGUCCAGUACAACUCCCAUUUCAGCUCCGCCAGCAACCCCCAAUAUCACACACACCCGCUGGUCCAGAGUCAACAAUGGACUUGGGGGUGAGCCACUGCCUGAGGACUGCCAUAACUGGGGCUCUAUAAAUAUCUCUCUAUAUAUAUAUAUAAUGUAUGAGUGUGCAUGUGUGUGUGUGUGUAUGAGUGAGUGCGCGCGUGUGUGUGUGUGUGUGUGUGUGAAUCAGACACACGGCCGCACAUAACAUUCGGAACUGUGGUUCACCUGAGCUAUUUUUUUCGUUGUUACCUGUUUACAGAAUAUAUUAUUGACGAUGAAUCCGGAACUUUAGACCCGCGAAUUCAACGUUCUUGUGACUUGUAAAGUAUGUCCGUGUGUUGUAGGAAUGUAAUCCCGUCACUUAUGUUCGUGUUUAAGAGACAAAGCGAGUGCAAACGAAAUGACACUUUUAAACGACAACAAAAAAAGACGUGCAGGACAUUUUAUCUCACCUUCGCAAUUUUUUGUAUAUGAAACUUGAAAUAUUUAUGGGGCUUUGUAACGAAGAGGCGCGGCGUUUUGGUUGUGGGUUUGUUUCCUUGCUUUAAAACAAAACUGAAGAGGGAGGCUGUGGUGUGACAGUGGUUGACGGUGCCUAGAAAUGGCCUGUUGAGCGUUUCGUUUGGCUUCUGAAUGACAAUAUGUUGCGAUGUAUAUAGUAGAGACCGUGUCAAACACUCGCGGGGGCGGGGGAGGGAGCCCAGGCUUUCAAACCCAAUGAUAUGAUUAACGCCAGAGAGAAAAAAAACAAGGCGCCUUUAAUGAACGAUUU